GGAAAGUGAGGUACGUGGUGAAGACGCUGCGCUUUUUGCACUACUUAUGGGGACGCUAGCAAGAAUAAGAGAUGCAGAUAUUGAUGUAUUCUUUUCCUCUUUGAUACUUUAUCAUUGCCUUGCAUACCCGACUGGUGGUACUCUGUCUCGUGUUGAUGAAUGGCCUCAAGUUAGGAUAAGAAACGCCAGCAUAGAACAAGAGGAUUGUAGUUGCUGACAUUCUGACAUACCUGAGGCGUUGCAACUUUUCUUUUCUUCGGACUGCCUGGUGUGCCUUCCAUAAGGCGUUUGGAAGUUGGGAUCAUCCAGCUGUGAAGCAUCUAUACUAGAGAAAGAAAGGCGAGUAGAAAGUAGCGGGAUAGACUCGUGGAAAUGGAAAAUGCCUUUUUUUGACUGCACUAAAAUCCUCGGCCAGCAUUUUUUGAGUCGUGGCCAUUUCGAUGUGCUGGAAACCUUCCAAUCAGAGUUAGGGUUGGACGCAGACCUAGUAGCUCAUCUCGGAGAUAUUGGGACGAAGCUCGUCCUUCCUGCGAUCGAGCAGCAGCCUUCUUCUCACUUAUGAUGCUUCUGAUGUAGCUCGACUUGUAGAGUUUCGAUGCUCACACUGAUGCUCUUUCUCGAUGAUUCAAGAUCGAAAAGUUUAAGUUUUCUCCUUGCUAGAUGUUCUAGUGAGCAACAGGUGGACAAGGCAGUUUUUCACGGCCUAAGCUGAAAGAGUACUAAGUUGUAGUCAUGAUGAUGCAGCAUUGAUCAUAGUAUUGGGCUACGGAUGAUGGCUUUAACCUCUUUGAAAAUUGUGCUGAGACCGGCAGACCCUUUGCUCACCGGAGGCAGGCCGAUCGAAGCCUUGAAGCUGAAUGUUGUAGGUACAAGUAGCGAGUUUUUCUCUCAAGAACAAGGACCAGAUUCAGGUCCGACGGGUGCAGAAGAACGAGGUAGAACAGGCAGAAAGGGCUCUCAAUUUUCCGGUUUUGGUGAUGCAUCUUCUAAGGGACCGAAAUCGAGAAAGAGCAGCUCGGGAGGACGAAAAGGGAAGCGAGAUCAGGG